AUGGUGGAAGCGAUGGACGCUCGAGCUCUUGUGUCGGAGAGAGAGAAUGGUUUGCAGCCAGUGCCAGGGACUAUAGACGCUCCAGCAUGCGUCGUGCGAACAAAGAACGAUCAAAUUGUGUUGGACGCGCUGACAACUCCCGUCACGAAUGUAAAGAGUGUGGAUCUGCGCAACUUUAACCUGGAUCAACUGAGUAUGGAGCAAGUAGACUCGCUAUUCAGUGGCUGCAGUGCUGAAUGCCAGAGUCUGUCAUUGGAAAAGUGCACGCUGUCUGGUGAUCGAUUUUUCGCUAUAGCUACAGACCGAUUGAACCGAAAUCGUGUCAAGUUGGUGCAUUUUCGAGUACAAAGCUGCCAGCAAGUGACGAUGACUUCGCUUAUUGCUAUAUCGACCCUUUUCACUUCGUCACUGGUGACACUGGAGCUCUCAUCUUGUAAGCUAUCGCGACAAGCUGGGAUCAUCUUGAGUCAGUCGCUUCAAUCCUGUACAUCGUUAAGACACCUUCUAUUAGCAGACAACAACAUCCGCGACGGUGGCGUACGUGCGAUCGCAGAUGCAUUGAAGCUACUCAACGCGUCACGGAAUAGUGCCGUGUCGGUUGUACUAGGCAAAGACGAGGAUUCUUCACCGAUACUGGAACAUUUGGACAUUUCUCGAAAUGGAAUCACCUCUGCGGGUUUUGCCUCUUUAUUGCAGCUCCCACUGCGAUAUUUGAGUGCUCGAGGCAACGCGAUAGAGAACGGAGUUGGCGCCUUGUUGCUAAGCAACGCAUCGACGUUGGAGACCCUGUGUUUACUAGGGAAUCCUCUAUCAGAGGACGGCAAACUCGAGUUGGUACGCUCGCUUUUUCGACGUCGUGAUAAAACAGGCAAAAGUGCAUUACGUGAGCUCGAUCUUCGCUCAUGUGGCUUCAACACUAUAGAGAGUCUAGACCUGCUACAACGUAGUUUUCUCCAAGCAGCAACUGCGGGUCAGCAAUGCUCUAUUCAAUCGCUAUAUCUGGACAAUAAGAUAUCUACGGAUGAAGAUGCAGAUGAGAAGGAUUUUCAAAGAGGCUGUGAAGCUUUAAAAGAAGUGGCUAAGACAAAUUUUCUCGGUCUACGACUUCAUUUCCAGUCAGAUCACAUGGACAUAUUACCAAGAGCGAGAGCUCAAGCAAUAGCGAGCACGACUAAGCCUAAAGCAACUUCGACAACGAGAACGUUGAACCUGAGUAGUGAACUUGAGGCGGUGUCAAUAGCGACGAAGACCAGUCUAAACGCCACGUUAGCUUCGUCUUCGUUAUCGGGUCAGCAACGGGAAUUACGGGCGGAGUACGCCUGUCAUAAUGAAUCGGUCAUUAUUCAUCCUUUAGCUACCGACACGCUUAGAAAACCGACUGCUAUAGUAGAAGCGCAGUCAAUUCAGCCGUCAAGUGUAUCAAACGCAACGAUGCGAGUUGAGCCUGUAGCUCCACUUCCAAUGCAGCACGUCGAUGUCGAGUACAUCGUCAGCAAGACCAUCGAGUGCAUGAGCCACAAUUUCGAGCUACGUCUUGGCCAAUUACUAUCACGAAUGGAGACGCAGCAACAAGAACGAAAUUCAUCACAAGUGCAGUUGUUAGCUGCUAAAGUGGAGGCUUGCGAGCGUGCGUUGCCACGGUUAGAGGCACGUCUGGAUAUGUUGACAGACCGAGUAGCAGCGGGCAGUGCACAGUUGUCAAAGUUGCAGUCUGACGUUGCACUUCAGCUUCAGCAUAUCCGUCAGGAGGCACUGACACAGCAGAUGAAUCCGUACAAUGCUAACCCCACGCAGCUCUCGCCUACUGUUCCGAUGACGUCUCGGAUGCAGUCACAAGUAGAAGAGCUGGUUUCAAGUAGAGUACAAGCCAGUGAACAGCGCUUGUACGCAGACGUGGAUCGAAUCCGUACAGCACAGGCCAAUGCGACGCCAGACCCGCAUGCAGUCGUGAAUGCAGUCUCGAUGCACUUGACGCAGUUUAAGCGGGAAUUUGACGACAAUCAGGCUGGAGUACUGCGUCAGUUUACUGAAAAGAUGAGCUCGGAUGGUCGCGGACUGGAAGAACGCAUUGAACAAGUUGAGGCUCAGAUCGGCAGCCUUGAAGUUGUCAUCCAGUCAGAGCAACAAGCAUCUCUUUUAGCUCUAGAGGCAAUUUCGGACGCUUUCAAUGAUCCUGCUGCAUCCGUUUGCGCAAAGAAGACGUAG